GUUCCCCGCCUUGCACGCAGAGCGGGACGUCUGGGUCUGUGGGUUGCCCGGAACUGAGUUGCGACACUCUAGGUUUCCGCCUGGAAAAAGUAACCAAACCACCUGAGGACCAGCAACAUGGCGUGGUCCGGUAAUAAGGCAGCUGUUGUGCUGUGUGUGGAUGUCGGCGUUGCCAUGGGUAACUCCUUUCCUGGUGAAGAAUCCCCAAUUGAACAAGCAAAGAAAGUGAUGACUAUGUUUGUCCAGCGACAGGUGUUUUCAGAGAGCAAGGAUGAGAUCGCUUUAGUCCUCUAUGGCACAGACGGCACGGAUAAUGCCCUUGCUGGCCAGGACCAGUAUCAGAACAUCACAGUGCACAGACACCUGAUGCUACCAGAUUUUGAUUUGCUGGAAGACAUCGGAAACAAAAUCCAACCAAGUUCUCAACAAGCUGACUUCCUGGACGCCCUGAUUGUGUGCAUGGAUUUGAUUCAGCGCGAAACCAUAGGAAAGAAGUUUGGGAAGAAGCAUAUUGAAGUAUUCACUGACCUCAGCAGCCCAUUCAGCCAAGACCAACUGGACAUUAUAAUUUGUAACUUGAAGAAGUCUGGCAUCUCCCUGCAGUUCUUUCUGCCUUUUCCAAUCGACAAGAAUGGCGAGCCUGGCGAGAGAGGAGACUGCGAUUCCGGCUUGGACCACCGUACACCCUCCUUCCCUCAAAAAGGACUUACUGAGCAGCAAAAGGAAGGCCUCCGCAUGGUGAGAAGGGUGAUGCUGUCUUUAGAAGGCGAAGACGGGCUGGAUGAAAUUUAUUCCUUCAGCGAGAGUCUGCGGCAACUGUGUGUCUUCAAGAAGAUUGAGAGGCGUUCCAUGCCCUGGCCCUGCCAACUGACCAUUGGCCCCAACUUGUCUAUAAAGAUUGUAGCCUAUAAAUCGAUUGUACAGGAGAAAUUUAAAAAGAGUUGGAUAGUUGUGGACGCAAGAACUCUAAAGAAGGAAGAUAUACAAAAGGAGACUGUUUAUUGCCUAAAUGACGAUGAUGAAACUGAAGUUUCCAAAGAGGACACUAUUCAAGGGUUCCGCUACGGAAGCGACAUCAUUCCUUUUUCUAAAGUGGAUGAGGAACAAAUGAAAUAUAAAUCCGAGGGGAAGUGCUUCUCUGUUUUGGGAUUUUGUAAAUCUUCUCAGGUUCAUAGAAGAUUCUUCAUGGGAUAUCAAGUUUUAAAGGUCUUUGCAGCAAAGGAUGAUGAGGCGGCCGCUGUUGCACUUUCCUCCCUCAUUCAUGCUUUGGAUGAAUUAAACAUGGUCGCCAUCGUCCGAUACGCUUACGACAAAAGAGCUAAUCCUCAAGUUGGUGUAGCCUUCCCUUACAUUAAGGAUGCCUAUGAGUGUUUAGUUUAUGUGCAGCUGCCUUUCAUGGAAGACUUGCGGCAAUACAUGUUUUCCUCGCUGAAAAACAAUAAGAAAUGCACUCCCACAGAGGCACAGUUGAGCGCUAUUGAUGAUCUGAUUGAUUCCAUGAGCUUGGUAAAGAAAAAUGAGGAAGAAGACAUCAUUGAAGACUUGUUUCCAACUUCCAAAAUUCCAAAUCCUGAAUUUCAGCGAUUGUACCAGUGUCUGCUGCAUAGAGCCUUACAUCUCCAGGAGCGGCUGCCCCCGAUUCAGCAGCACAUUUGGAAUAUGCUGGAUCCCCCCACUGAGAUGAAAGCGAAAUGUGAGACUCCACUCUCUAAAGUAAAGACCCUUUUCCCUCUGACAGAAGUCAUCAAGAAAAAGAACCAAGUGACCGCGCAGGACGUUUUCCAAGACAAUCAUGAAGAGGGGCCUGCUGCUAAAAAAUACAAGACUGAGAAAGAAGAAGGUUUCAUCAGCAUCUCCAGCCUGGCAGAAGGGAAUGUCACCAAGGUUGGAAGUGUGAAUCCUGUUGAGAACUUCCGUGUCCUAGUGAGACAGAAGAUUGCCAGCUUUUGAGGAAGGUAAGAGGCAC